GAGAUACCAGCGAGGAGGGAGUAGGAGAGAAGAAACUUGUCAGGGAGCUCACAAGAGAAGUGGAAGGAAACUAACCUAUUUGUAGAUUCUUAAGCCAAAAAAAGUACCUCCAUCAUUUUCGUCUGGAAGACAGAUUCAAAGAGGGAGCCCCAAGCAACUGUCCAAGACAGGCACUUCCUGUGGCCAAGUGCAUAAGAGCAGCCUGCAUCCAUGGGACAGGCCCUGGGGAUCAAGAGCUGUGACUUCCAGGCAGCAAGAAACAAUGAGGAGCACCAUACCAAAGACAUCAGCUCCAGGCACCUGGUUGUGAGGAGAGGACAGCCCUUCACCAUCAGGCUGCACUUCCGGGCUCCAGUCCAUGCAUUUCAGCAUGCCCUAAAGAAGGUAGUUCUCAUUGCACAAACUGGAGAGCAGCCUUCCAAGGCUACCAGGACCCAAGUCACAUUCCCGAUUUCCAGUCUGGGGGAUCAGAAGAAGUGGAGUGCGAUGGUGGAGGAGAGAGAUGCCCAGUCCUGGACUGUCUCUGUGACCACGCCCUCAGAUGCUGUCAUUGGUUGCUACUCCCUCCUGCUGCAUAUCUUGGGCAGGAAGCCACGCCUACUGGGCCAGUUCAUCCUGCUCUUUAACCCCUGGGUUCGAGAGGAUGCUGUGUUCCUGGAGAACGAGGCUCAACGCUCAGAGUACUUGUUGAACCAGAACGGCCUCAUCUACCUGGGCACAGCUGACUGCAUCCAGGAAGAGCCCUGGGACUUUGGCCAGUUCGAGAGGGAUGUCUUGGACCUCAGCCUGAACUUGCUGGGCACAGACAAGCAGGUGGAGGAGUGGGGAGACCCUGUGCAUGUGGCCCUCGUUUUGGGCGUGUUGCUGCACGCUCUCAAGGAGAAGAGUGUCUUGCCCACCCCGCAGACCCAGUCUGCCCAGGAAGAGGCCUUGCUGAACAAGCUCCGGGGCAGUGUGCCCAUCCUGCGGCAGUGGCUCACAGGCCAAGGGCGACCCGUGUAUGACGGUCAGGCCUGGACACUGGCCGCUGUUGCUUGCACAGUGCUGCGCUGUCUGGGAAUCCCUGCCCGCGUGGUCACCACGUUCGCCUCAGCCCAGGGCACUGGAGGGGGCCUGCUUGUGGAUGAGUACUACAACGAGGAGGGGCUUCAGAAUGGAGAAGGCCAGAGAGGCAGAAUCUGGAUCUUCCAGACCUCAACAGAGUGCUGGAUGACCCGGCCUGAUUUGCCCCAGGGUUAUGGCGGAUGGCAGAUUCUGCACCCAAAGGCUCCUAAGGGAAGUGAAGUCCUGAAGGCCUGUGAUCUGGUCCCCGUCAGAGCAGUCAAGGAGGGGACACUGGGGCUGACCCCUACAGUAGCAGACCUUUUUGCCGCAGUAAACGCCUCAUGUGUGGUCUGGAAGUGCUGUGAUGAUGGGACUCUGGCACUGACCAACUCCAACACUAAGUAUGUGGGCAACAACAUCAGCACCAAAGGUGUGGGCAGUGACCGCUGUGAAGACAUCACUCAGAACUACAAGUAUCCAGAAGGAUCUCUUGAAGAAAAAGAGGUGAUGGAGAGAGUCCAGAAAAAGAAACUGGAACAUGGGGAAGAUAAUGGCAUCUGUCCUCCCAGUCUUGAGAUUGCUGAUCCUCUGUACCUGUUCUUGGAAGCACCCAGCUCCCUGCCCCUGGGAGGGGAUGCCCAGCUCUCCGUGACCCUGAUUAACCCCGGUGACCAGGAGAAGGCUGUGCAGCUGGCAAUUGGGGUGCAGGCGGUGUACUACAAUGGCAUCCUUGCUGCUGAGCUCUGGAGGAAGAAGCUGUUCCUUACUCUCAGUGCCAACCUUGUUAAGAGAAUCACCACCAGCCUGUCCUCCUCCUAUUUUGAGCGACGCCCACCCGAGAACAGCUUCCUCAGACUUACUGCGGUGGCAACACACUCAGAGUCCAGCCUCAGCUGCUUUGCUCAGGAAGACAUUGCCAUUGGUAGACCACACCUUGCCAUUGAGAUGCCACAGGAAGCAGAGCAGUAUAGACCCCUCACGGCCUCAGUCCGCAUCCACAACUCCCUAGAUGCUCCCAUGAAGGACUGUAUGAUCUCUAUCUUUGGAAGAGGGCUCAUUUACAGAGAGAGGAACUAUAGGUUAGGUCCUGUGCAACCUGGAAAUACUUUGUGCACCCAAUUCUGUUUCACGCCGACAAAGGUGGGGCUCCAGAGGCUCACUGUGGAAAUGGACUGCAACAUGUUCCAGAACCUAACCAACCACAGAAGUGUUACUGUGGUAGCUCCUGAACUUGCAGCUUAAAAUAUCAGCUCCAGCAUCACUUGCCCCAACCACCCCCCCCUUGUGUCUAUGAUCUAAAACCAAACAUGCUGGAAGGGAAACUUUGCUUAUCAGACAAAUGAAUCUCCAGAAGUGUGACCAAGAAUAAAACUAGAAGUGUGACCAAGAAUAAAACUAGAUUCCCAGAAAUCAACAGAAAAGACAUUCAUUUCCAUCACUCCAGUUUAAGGCAGCCAUGAAUACUAGUUGCCUUAGAAACUACUGGACUUGAGUGAUAAAAGGAAACCUUUAAAAAGGUAUUCAGAUAAGUACAUUCAGAUUUUUCUGGUUCAGGGUCUUCAUAACAACUUUAGUGCUCACUAACACAUUCAUUACCAUAUGAGUGAAGAAAAGAAUCUAGCAUUUGAAUAAUUCUUAUAUUUCUGAUGAAGUGGGACAAUAUUAGCUAAAAAUUAAAUUUUUAGGUACUCCUAAAAUUACAGUGAUUGGUGCUAUCCUUGACCAUUAUCCUUAAAGUCUCAAAGAUGACUGAACAAAGUUAUAAAAUACAGAACAUAAGACCUGAGAGUAGAAUGAUCUUCUAGAUUCAGCUAUAGGUAAGUUUUAUGAGCGUUCUAUAUUCAUUAAGUAGCUCACAAUUAAAGUCUGAUGUUAAUAACAUGAAUUUUGUGUAGUAGAGAAAUUUGAAAAUAAUUUAGUAUAUAGAAAAUAGGCCCUAUAAGAAAGAAUAAACAACUGGACUCCUUUUGUACAAA